CCUCUCCCCGCGGCUGCCUCGGGGCCCGCCCUGACCCCGGCCCGGCCCCCCGCUCCGCUCGGCUCGGCUCGGCUCGCAGUGUGCCCGCCUCUGCCGGCCUGUGCGGACCUGCCGGGCCGCCCCGCCGGGCCGGGCACACCCAGGAGGGUGUGAGCGCAGCGGGAGCCGAGUGCUGGCACGCAUGGGCCCGGGAGAGCCCAGCCCCGCGCUCACCUGGCCCAGCUGCGGGAGCCCGACAGCCGCGGGGAGCAGGACACCUGACCUUGGCUCUGGGACAGUCUGCUGCUAUGGCAGACCCCCCUGCUUGCUGCUCUACCUGUGCCACCUGCCUGCUCUGCCCCUACAGCUGCCAGUGGAUCACUGCCAAGAAGGAGAAGAGGAAGGGCCUGAGAACCACCAAGUAUGACUGCAGCUGGUUCCUUUUCCUCUUCUUCGUCUUCCUCUUCACACUGGUGUGGCUCUACUUCGCUAUCAUCAUCCUCAAUGAUUUCCACAACUUCAAUGAAUUCAUCUUCAGGCAGAGGAAGGUGUGGCUGGACUGGUCACUGGUCCUGCUCAUAGCUACGGCUGUGCUGAUCAGCUACUCGUCUGUGCUGCUGGUCCUUGCUUUGUUCUUGCAGCUCUGCGGCCAGCCCUUGAAGCUACACUGGGUGCACAAGGUCCUGCUGAUCCUGACUGCCCUGGUGGUGGCUGCAGCCUUCACAGGGCUGGGAAUAAAGUGGGCAGAGGAGUGGAAAAGCGCACGUAUCUCCCUGCAGGCAACAGGUCCCUUCCUGCACAUUGGAGCUGUGGGGGGAAUGACGCUCCUUGCCUGGCCCCUGGCCAGCUUCAUCUACCGCACCCGCAGUACAGGUCUCAGGGUGUUUGUGCUGCUUGUGUACUGUGCAGCAAUGAUUGCACUAUACCUGGCUCCCUUGGGAAUCACCUCCCCUUGCAUCAUGGAGGAGAACCAGCUGCCCCCCAAGCCAGCCCUAGUUGGCCAUCGAGGAGCACCCAUGCUGGCCCCUGAGAACACCCUCAUGUCACUGCACAAGGCAGUGGGCUGUGAUGUGCAAGUCUUUGAGACAGACGUCAUGGUGAGUGCUGAUGGGGUCCCCUUCCUCAUGCAUGAUGAGGAACUCACCAGGACCACCAACGUGCAGGCUGUGUUCCCUGAGAGGGCUGCCCUGAACAGCACUGCCUUCAACUGGACAGACCUGCAGCAGCUGGAUGCUGGCAGCUGGUUUCUGGAGCGGAGGCCAUUUCCCACUGUGCAGAGCCUUUCUCCUGGUGAUCGCCAGGAGGCAGCUGAACAGAGGAUCCCGUCCCUGGAACAGGCUCUGGAGGCAGCCAAGCACAGCAACAUCUCCAUCAUGUUUGACCUUCGGCCUGAGAACCACAGUGACUACCAGAACUUUGUCAAUGUCACCCUGGAAGUGAUUUUAGAGUCAGGCAUCCCGCUGCAGCAGGUCCUCUGGCUUCCAGAUGGGUUCAGGGAAGAUGUCAAACAGCAGGCCCCAGGUGUCCAGCACGUCUACGGCCGGAAGAGAGUCGAGAAUGAGAAGGAGCCAGUACUGCACGUCAAUCUGCCCUACCAGGACAUGAGCUCUGAGGAGAUCAGGCAGUACCGCCAGGACAACAUCUCUGUGAACUUGUACGUGGUGAACCAGCCCUGGCUCUUCUCCGUGCUGUGGUGUUCAGGGGUGAGCUCUGUCACCACCAACGCCUGCCAGGUGCUGAAGGAGAUGAAACACCCCAUCUGGCUGCUGCCCAGCAGCACAUACUUCAUGAUCUGGAUCGUUGUAGACUGUGUUUCCUUCCUUAUCAUCAUCUGGGCCUUCGUCCUGAUGAAGAAAUGUUCCCACAGGAGACGGCCAGCGGGUGAGUGCGCACGGAACGGGAGCUUCCCUCCCUUGGAGCCAGGCUCUGCCUCUGGGACUCUCCCUGACAGAGUCUGAGACGGAUGUGCUGCUCACAAAGAUCAACAGCUUGAUGCAAGAGUGACGCCUGUGUCAGCUGUGGGGAAGGGCAGCCAGAGCCCUGCACAGCUCAAGCACUCCUCAGGCCAGCUUCAGGGCUCCUUUCCUUCGAGACUCCUUCUACCGUGGCCUUCCUGGCUCCUUUUAUGGUGCACAGCUGCCCUCAGCUGAAAAGACUUGGAACUGAGUUCUCAUUGCCCACUGGCAGCGAGGAACUAAAGCUUUGCAGGGGUGGCCUAGGGGCAGAAUAUUUAUCCAGCAGUGCUGGAGCUGACACCUCUCCCUUGGGGUUUGAACAGGAGCAGGGAUUUGGGUCGCUGUUUGGUGCAGGGGAAGGGCUGUCUCUGCCUGUUGUCAGCAGCUCUGCAGCCAGGGAUGGGACACCUGGUUUAAGGGCUGUUCCCCUGGGGGCUGCCCUGUCCCAUGGCUUGAGGAAUAGGAAGUGGGAUGUGGAGUGGCUUUUCAAAAGACAGCAGGAAAGCUGAGCUCUUCACCCUCCUGUCCUGGACACAAAUCCUGUCCCUGCUGCUGCUGGCUUCAUCUUCACGGGACAGGCUCCUGGCACUCCCUGCAGCAGUUAAUGCCUGUUGCUCGGGGAAGAGAAGGAGCAGGGCUGGGGGUGGUGGGUGCCAGGGGCUGGCAGGACCGCGCUCACGCUCCUGCUGCUGCUCCAGGGCAGCAGAGGGAGCGGUGGGACUCGGCAUCGGUCACGUUGCAGCAGGGCCUUGAACAGGGAGAGGGGUACCGUGUCAGUUUGACUUGUUGCUGUCUAUUUAUGUCAAUAAAGCAGAGGAGCGGCA